AUGCGGUUUCUUUAUCUCAUCUAUAAAGCCAUUAUUUAUACCAUUAUUAUGAUUUUCUUUAGUACGCUCUUCGCACAUUUAGUACUCAACUACCGAGAUCUACUCGUUGCGACUGAUGAUGCAUGUUACCUGGCUGGAAUAUCUGUGAUAAUUUUCAAAUUGUAUAAUUUCAACAAACAACACAGAAAAAUAAAAGACCUCAUCGAGGAGGUGUAUAGACCAUUGGACGUGCUUUCGCAAUCGUCCGAUAUGGGGCUACAAACACUCUUAAAAACAACACUUUUCUACGAGAGAAUGUUGUUAUACUUUUUCAUUAUCCUAGCGGCAUUUCUUGUAAUCGCUUUAAUGGUAUUCGUACCGAAAACCGAUGGUGAACUUCCAAUAAAGACGAGUUUUCCCUUCGACACAACUAUCUCACCAGGUCAUGAGAUAGCAAUGUGCCUGCAAACAGCAGCGAUUACAUUUGGCUUGUAUUCCAUUGUCGCAAUGGACAGUUUAGCCAUCAACAUUUGUAGAUGUCUUAGUAUUCAAUUGCUAACAUUGGCUUCCAAUUAUGAAAAAUGCAUCGUCCAUGUACAUGAUCGAUGCCGACUGAAAACAUGCUCUUCUCUACGUAGUCCGUCAAAACGGCUAUCGGUAUUAAAAGUAAGCGAAGAAGACCUCAUCAUAUGUAAAUUUGUGCCUUUCCGGAAGGAAGAAGAGCAAGAAGACGGUGACUCCUUCGUUAAAAGAUUCAAUCUUUGUGAGAUAAAUCAUCAGAGAAUAAUCGUUGCAAUCGACGAGUUCAACUCCAUUUUUAGCGGCUGCAUGCUUAUGCAGGUCUUCUCAAGCUUUUCCAUGAUAUGUUUCGCUGGAUUUCAAGCUGUCCUAGGAGCAUCAUCUAAGGAAAGCGUCUUGAAGUUCAUCGUCUAUCUCGGUGCAGCAAUGUCUCAAUUAGUCAAUUGGUGCUGGAGUGGAAAUCAACUUAUAUAUCAGAGUACCUCGUUGUUCGAGAGUCAGUGGCAGUCAGGCUGGGAGCAUCAGCUCGAUAAUCAUAAAGUCAAGACACUGAUGCUCAUGUCAAUGAUGAGAUCAAAAAAUCCACUGCAAUUACGGGCUGGAAAUUACUACAGCAUGUCUAUGCACACCCUCAUCUCCAUCUUACGGAACUCUUACUCCUUCUUCGCACUUCUGAGGACCGUAACCGAAGCAGUAUGAGUCUGCCGUUUU